CUCUUAAAAUUUACAAACAGACAAACAAAGCUUGUCUAUAAGACAGUUUAGAAAUUGCAGGUUCAUUGACCUUUUCUCAUUACACUUACCAAAUCUUCACUCAUACAUCUCGUUGCAAGAUGGGAAUGUUAUUACUAUGAAUGCUGAGAUGCUUUCUCGAUCAGCGUUUAUACUAGGUGGACUGGUAACUGCAUUAUUGUCUGUGCUCCACUUGGACUGGAGUUCAAAAUGGAGAAUGUACAGACCUUGCAGAGAGUAUAUCGUGAAUGAUUUAACACACUCAUGGCAUGGUUACAAGAUGCCAUGCAAAGUAGCCACACAUGUUCAUGUUCUACCCUUGUUAGGAUUCACGGAGCCUCCUUAUCCGCUCUUCAUCCAUACGUUCUUUCUUCCUCACCGGAGCCCAUUAGCUCCUCCGUCCUCUACUAUUUACCGUCCAUCAAUGGUAUGCUCCAUUUCCCUCAGUGGACCUACACAUUCACUGAGUGGUAGUCCUCAGUAUAGACUUCCCAGUCUCCUUACUGGAGCACUUUUUGUACUGUUUCCACAGAGUCUUUGCUUUGUCUCACCCAAGGGUCUCCUUUAUGGUCUUUGAAAACUCUACCGAGUGCGUAAUAGGCAACCCCUUGGACCAAAGCAACUCCAGCCAGAACUCCAAUGGCAAUCAUCCCAAUGUUUGAGCACAUACCAUCAACUCCUCCAGAGGGGAAUUCAGAUCCUGGACCAGCUUUGGGAGAAGCAGGAUCAGAGGAAGU